UGUUCUUUGCAAACCUAUGUAAUUCCGUGCCGAGUCGGUAAGUCGGGAAGUAUAGGGCAUACUGUCCCCAUGGUUGACAGUCCUUUAUGUAAUUUUUAGUUACUGGUCGGGUCAACGUUUCCACCUAUCUACUUCCAUCGUGUGUCCAUCUCUUUAUAGAUAUCAGUAUCAUAGACAAAAAAAAGCAAAAAAUAUUAGAUACAUCAGCCCAGCCGCAGGCUGUCAACAAGUGUGAUUGAUGUUGGGAAUUGUAAACAAUACCCUGAUACCAUCAUCAUCAUCAUUUUUAAUUCAAAUAUAUUGACAGUUCUGCUUCUGCGGAUAACGGGACACGUGAUCAAACCUUGUUGCAUUUAGAUGGAUUGUCCAAUGUUAAUUGGCAAUUUGAGAAAGCCAAGAAUUUAUUGGUAUCAGACGGAUGCGGAAAUCGUGAUUCGUAUAAUGCUUCACGACGUGGACGAUUACUUUCUUAGCGUAAGAACAGACGAGUUUGAAUUCAGCACGUCUGUAGACGGCGUCGAUUACUAUAUUUACCUGCAUCUUUUUGGUGCAAUCACUGCCGAGAAAACUAUCCAUAAAACAACUGGAAGAGAAGUCACAGUUUACCUUCCAAAAGUUCAAAAGUGGACUCCCUGGCCAAGGUUAAUUUAUUCAAGCAAAGCAUGUCCACAUAUUUUUGUGGACCUUGAUCACCUUGCGUCAAUCAAACCCAAAAAAGAGAUUGAUUGGAAUGAGAGAGAAGACUUUGCUACCUUCAAACGAAGACAUAAUAUAUCCUAUAUAAGGCCAGAUGUACCAUCUUCGGAUGAAGAUGAGUCUGCUGGAGAGGAGAACAAUAUGAUUUUCGAUUUUUAACAUCUCUUGAAGUGGAUUAAUAGAACUAGGUUCCAAAUCUCAUUCUAAUGAGGUGUGAAGAGCAAUCUACUUGGAUUCACUGAAGCAAACUAUUAAAAGGUACCAAAGUGUAAUUAACGAAUUUUCAUGGGUAAAUGAAAUGUUUCAUUAAUUACCUAGCUAAAUUCUUUUACUUGUAUAUGACGUUCGGCUGUUGCUAAUACAGCAAAGCUUUAUUUACAGUUCACAGUUAUAUCUAACCUAUACGUUUUCUGAUCGAUCUGAGGUUAUUAGGGGGGAAUUAGUAGCCGGCGGACUCAACUUCUUUCAAAUAGAAUAAUGUGGUAAAUUUUAACACUUAUAAUCUUAUCCUGUCAACAUUGUCAUACCUUACCUUUAUUAACUUUAGCGUGGCUGUUCAUUAAUUGUGGCCACCAGCUUCAGCCCGAUAAAUUGCGAAACUCUGAAACCGUUAUAAAUUAGGUAGAUUCGGUCAACUUUCGGCCUUUCUUUUCUCCGAGUUAAUUUGUGAUAUUCUCUGUUCAUCCCGUAAGUAAGAUUUUUUACCUAGUUAAAAGUUAAGAAUACAGCCUAGCUGUUGUAUUUUUUUUUUUUUUUUUUUACAUUGUUUCUACGAAUAAAUAAAAAUUAUUAUCAAUAACUGUAUGCAUGGUAGGCUUGCCCAUAAAUUACGUGAUGUGAGUUUUUACGACCCCCCCCCCCCCCCCCUCGCCCGUUCAAAAUUGGAGAAUUUAUCUCAAAUCAUUAUAAUUGGAGGGUGAGAAAUUGGAAGUUUUAAUGGAUUUUAUAGACAAGAAACAUGUGUAUGUGUGGUAAUAUCAGUGACAUGAUCAGCACACACAUGAGUUUUCAGAACGAAAAGUUUUAUUGGACCGUUCACCUAUAAUAUUGUGUAAUAGCUGUGGCACGUCGAUCUGGCCAAAUGUGAUACACAACGUGUCAGGUUCGUGGAUAAUUUUCACCCAUGUCAUAUAGUCUCAGUUAUGUGUUACUCUUGUGCUCUUUCAAACAUUCAAAUAUGUUUUCUUAAACAUAUUAACAGAUGUCUUUAGAAAGAAAAUUUAGUGUUGAUGAGGACAGUCAUAGUUGUGCUAGCAUUGUGAAUGAUGAUUUGAUAAAUAUUUUUAAUAGCAAUAGUAACAGUGGUGAUAUUUAUGAAAGUGGCGAUAUUACUGCAAUUAGGUGCAAACAAAAAAUAAAUAGAAAUUCGAAAUAUAAUAUUUGAUAAUAUGUUUUGGGAAAAUAUUGUAACAGCAAUAAAGAAUAAACAAUGAAAAAAAAAGACGAAAAAUAGAAGAAACUUGGUUUCCUGUAGAUUAUGGUGAAAUAAAAAUAUAUUUUGUAUUAUGUAUAAUGGUGGCUCAAGUUAGGAAACCAAAAAUUUAAAUCAACUGGUCUAAUUGUAAAUGGGCCUUGACAGAAAGCCUAAUAUUGAGAGAACAAUGCGAAUGAAAAGAUUUCUGCAAAUAACUACACUGAAACUUCCCAAUAGUGGACAUCUUCAGGACUGGAAAUCUUCUCCCUUAUAGAGAAGUGUCUGUUACUACGCGGUAUAUUUUCCAUUAGGCUUUUCUGCCUGGGAUUUUUAACUUGUCCGUUAUGAACAGGCGUCCGUUAAGAGAAGUUUCACUGUAGAUGUUUGCAUUUUGCAAAUAAUCAUAAACAGACAGAUAGAUAGGAUUCAUCAUGUUCAUGGCAAUGUUGGACAAGAAUCAGUAACAUAUGAGGUAUUCCACACCAUUUCACCUAAUCGGUGAAGGUCACCGACGCCGAUCUUGGUGUCAAUUUUUUUCUCAAUUCGUCUAUCGAAAAAAAAGAACACGUGUUCGACCGUUUUUCGAUUAGGCCACCUGUGUCGAUUUUAUGAAUUUUCCGAUUUGUCAACUUUUUCGAAACAGCCUUAUUCCAACUGGCUCUAUCUUCAAGAGCCUUCAUUCUUUUCAAAAAAUGAUACAAGUAUAAAAUGUGUCAAUAAGUCCAAGCUUUCUGAAAAAAAAAUUAGAAAAUUUUUCCAACCACACAAUUCUAAAAUUUUUUGAAAUGCGACACCUUUGAUUUUCCUGAAACUUUUUACUUGCAUUCGACCAGUUACAAUCAAGUUUUCCUCCAAAGGAAAUUAUGGACUUCCGAUUCGUUCAGGAGUUACACCAUCAUAAGUGCCGAAAAAUUGGAAAAUUCGUAAAAUCGACACAGGUGGCCUAAUCGGAAAACGGCCGAACACAUGUUCUUUUUUUUUCGAUAGACGAAUUGAGAAAAAAAUUGACACCAAGAUCGGCGUCGGUGACCUUCACCGAUUACGUGAAAUGGUGUGGAAUACCUCAUAUAGAGCAGUAACAAGAAAUAAAAUAACGAAAAAUCUAAAGGCAGGAAUAUUAAGGUAAAAAGAAAAAUAGAAUCAUACGGUGGUCACGAACAUUACGGCUUACAUUACAGAUAAAUUACGCAAAAUAAAACUUGUGACGAAUGUUUUUAAUCUGUGAUCUAAAAAAGUGUAUCGAUGCAAGAAGACAUUGCUAUCAGUGAAUCGGCAAUGAAAAUAACUAAGAAAACAGAUAAGGGACAAUAAUACCAGAGACGCUUAUCUUAUAAACAAUUUAAUCCAAGAAAACUAGUUAGAUAUGGUAUUAAAUUUUAUAAAUUAUGUGAUUCAGAAUCGGGUUAUUGCUGUGUCUCUAAAAAAAUACUCAGGUAGUGAUAAAAUAAAUUCUAAUGAUAGUGAUUCUGAAAAUGUUGUUAAAGAGCUAUCACAGUCAGUGUUACGUAAAGGACAUAUUUUAUACUUAGACAAUUGGUACACUGCACCAAAACUGGUUAUAACUAAUUAACAGUAAAACUAAUGCUGUCGGAACAGUAGAUUUGAACAGAAAGAAUAUGCCAAAUGAUUUGGUUGAAGCAAAAUUAAAAAAAGAAGAAUGCAGAACGAAAAGCUGCAAUGGAAUACUGACAUAAAAAUAUAAAUAUAAACGUGACAUUUAUAUUAUUUCUACGAAACACGAAACAGCAGAAAUGGCUGCAUAAGGCAAAAAUCAAUUCAAUCCUACUUCAAAACCCAAAGGUGUCAUUGAGUACAACAAAGGAAUGAUUGGACUUGAUCGACAAGACCAAAUGCUAGUGUGCUUCUCUGUUAUGAAGGAAUAUGCAAAAGGAUACUGAACAGUUUUUUUUUACAUGCUUGAUAUUGAACUUUUGAACUCUUAUAUUUUGUCCAACAAAGUAAAUACUAGAGAAAAACAGAGCCACUCAUGCUAAGUAUGAAAUUGAAAUAGUCGAGUCAUUAAUGAAAAAUGUGCCGUUACCAGAAUAUAAACGAUGAGGGUGAUUUUUGAAUGGAGUUUUACCCCAGAGACUCCACACGCAACAUUGGGGUCAUUUUUUCAAGAAUAUAGACCCAACACCAUCGAAAACAAAGCCAUAAAGAGCCUGUAAAGUUUGUACAAGAUAUAAGUAAAAAAACGUAGCGAAACAACAUAGGAGUGCAAAAGAUUUAAAGUUACAUUGGAUGUACCAAUAUGCUUCGAAAGUUACCAUACAAUUGAAGCUUAAUAACUUUCUGUUACAUGUUUUUUAAAAUGUUUAUAAUUUAAUAUAAGCAUUUAUUCACGAAUUUAAAUAAAAUGUUGUUGAUUUAUUAAUCUUUCUUUUUCACUGAUGAAUUGUUUGUAAUUAUUUAUCAAACACCUUAAGAAAUUAAACCGGUUGUAUCUUACACAUGUUUACAUAUCAUGAGACGUAUGCAAUUGGCAUAACUUCGAACAUUUAUCCAAACUGUAAAAUGGCUCAACAUGCAACCGACCUUGCUGUUUAUUAUAGCAUGGGCGAUCAGAACUUAAAUUGUAGGGCAAGAGGUUAAAUAUCGAUUUGAUUGAAAUGUUUACAUGCCUGUAUAUCAGGCGGAACUGCACAUCAUGAACCACCCGCUUUACUCUUUGCCUUCAUCCUUUUGCACGACUCGAGGAACGCUUGAUUUUUCAAUAAUUUGAAUCUUUUGUCAGUAGAACUAGAUGCAUAUUGUGCAUUCUCUGAAAGCAACGCUAAUUAUAGAGAACCCUUAAUUUGCUGUUCUCGUUGAUCUGUUCAGUCUCAUGAUGGCGAAAGGGUUAAAAUAUUGGGUGAUACACGUAUUUAGGUAUCAUUGCUACUACAUCAAAUAGAAAUAAAAUCUGGAAUGUUGAAAUUGUCUGUUCGAUUAAAAUCUAACGUCAUUGCAUGUGAAAUCUCAUGCAAAGAAUAGUGAUGAAAAAUAAAUCAACCUAGGGCGAUCUUUGUUUAAAAAAAAGGAAAAAGUACAAAAGUGUAUUUUGUAAUAUAAAGUCAAGAUUUUGCCGUACGCGUGAUUCAAUCAUGUUCGUACAAAUUACGUAUGUACAUACGAUUUACUCAGACCUAUAUACAUCUAUGCACGUAUUAAUUAUAUGCGUUGAAUAGAAAUUGAGAUAUUAAUCAGUUUGAUGCGCUUUGUGUGAAAUAUUAUUAGUAUUUUACAGAAUAUCGUCUGCUUCGUUUUUGACUAUUAUUUACAAGAUUAAAGCGAACUCUACGCAGUUUACUUGUCUUACAAAUCACCUGCAGACUAGUCGGCACCUUGCUUAAUUCACCAGCACUCUGUACAUCACGAAUAAAACGAUAAUGAAAUUUUCUUCCUUCGUUCUGAAAUAGUGAAUCUUUUAGCGUACCCACAGCAACGAACGGCAAUCACCGUCGAAUUAAUUAUUGCUACAUAAAGCUAACGAGAAGAACGGCACAGAUCAUAUCUACCACUGUCUACGAAUUCGUCUAUACCUUAGAUGUACGUAAAUUUGAACACACGGUUAAACGUUUACGGGUAAAGCGAAUUACCCGUUAAUCGUAUAGUCGUUGUACCUUCACUAUUAAGGCGGUCAGCCCAGUUAUUUGAACGAUAACUCGUUCCGGUUAGUCUAAUCAAUUACAAAUGUUAAAUUUCUAUAAUACAGCAUUUUUUAACAACCUUCCAGUGAAAGUCUUUGAUUUAUGUUUCCCACCCUAGUUUUUAUUUCCUUGAGGAUGUCCUCGGCCAGCUCAUCGACCGUGGUGUAG